AUGAGGGAGUCCUUAGAAGCCCUGAGCCCUGUGGGGUUCUCGGUGAGACAGCCAGCAACAGCCCCCCAGAGUGAGUCCGGGGAAGGGUCCUGUGGUGCUUGGGAGCAGAUGUCCCCCACUAGGGAAGAGAGAAGGCUGAGUACCUGCUCAGGGCAAGAGGCUCCCAGACCCCAGCAGGGUGUGCACUCGGAGCAAGGAGAGCCUUCCUGUGGAGGAGGGUGGGCUGGCACACUGCCGAAGGCCGAGUCUGAGGGCUCCUGCCCAGGAGACGAAUGGAUGGUUCGGAAGGUGAAGGUGGAGGACGAGGAUGUCGAAUGGCCUCAGCAUCUGCCCUUCCUCCCUAGCUCUCUCCCAGCACCUGACCUGGGACCCUCGUAUAAGCUAGAGCCAGGGGCGCAGAGGGGGCUCGCGCUGUCCGGGGGGGGCCCGACCCCAGAGAAGCCCUUCGGCUGCGGCGAGUGCGAGCGGCGCUUCCAGGAUCGGUUGACCCUGAGGCUGCACCAGCGGCUGCACCGAGGCGAGGGCCCGCGCGCCUGCCCCGACUGCGGCCGCAGCUUCGCGCAGCGCGCGCACCUGCUGCUGCACCAGCGUAGCCACCGCGGCGAGCGGCCCUUCCCGUGCUCCGAAUGCGACAAGCGCUUCAGUAAGAAGGCACACCUGACCCGCCACCUCCGCACGCACACGGGUGAGCGGCCCUACCCGUGCGCCGAGUGCGGCAAGCGCUUCAGCCAGAAGAUCCAUCUGGGCUCGCACCAGAAGACGCACACGGGCGAGCGGCCCUUCCCUUGCGCCGAGUGCGGCAAGCGCUUCCGCAAGAAGACGCACCUGAUCCGCCACCAGCGCAUCCACACGGGCGAGAGGCCCUACCCAUGCGCGCGCUGCGCCCGCAGCUUCACGCACCGGCAGCACCUGGCGCGACACCAGCGGGUGCACGAGGGCGAGCGGCCCUUCUCUUGCCCAGACUGCGGCCGCGGCUUCGCCCACGGGCAGCACCUGGCGCGCCACCGGCGGGUGCACACGGGCGAGCAGCCCUUCGCCUGCGCGCAGUGCGGUCGCCAUUUCGCCUCCCGGCCCAACCUGGCGGCGCACGCCAGAGCCCACAGCGGCGUCAAGCCCUUUGCCUGCGCCCAGUGCGACCGCCGCUUCAGCCGCAAGUCGCACCUGGGCCGCCACCAGGCUGUGCACACAGGCAGCCGACCCCACUCCUGCGCCAUCUGUGCCCGCAGGUUCAGCUCCAAAACCAAUCUGGUCCGCCACCAGGCCAUCCAUACGGGCGCCCGCCCUUUCUCCUGCGCGCAGUGCGUCAAGAGCUUCAGCCGCAAGACACACCUGGUGCGGCACCAGCGCGUCCACUCCGGGGAGUCCACCCAUUCGGCCUCCGACGCAGCACUGGCCUGGCCCUCUGCCAGCGAGGGGCCGCCACCUCCGCCCUUCUUCUGA